UAUUUAUUUUUUUUUUAAUUACAAAAACUAUUUUUCAAACAUAGAGUCGAAGGAACACCUCUUCGACAGGGAACCCCUAUUGACACUUUUGUCAAAAUUUUUGAAAUUUAUGUAGGGUAAGUGUGCCAAAUUUCGGCAUAGUUGCAUGCAAGCGUCAAAGUCUCAAGUUUGAAAUGUAAAUAUUUAAAAUACAAAUUGAUUUUUUUUAUUCUUUCUUCUGAAAGAGUGUUGCUUGGAACCUUGUAAAAAUAGUUUACUGUCUUUAUUUACUCUAAAAUCAUUCUUAAUACAUUUUAAAAUGAAUAAAAAUAUAGACAUAGCUUUGGUGCCCUAUUUCGGCCACCUUCAUUCUCAUAGCCCUUCAGGAAUUCUUACAAUAUCUUUUUCACGUCAUCUCGUUUGUCAAAGCUAAAUUUUUUGUUAUUCUUUUGCAUUGUAUAAUCUCUAGAGUACGUAAAAUCUAAAAAAUCAUGGAAAUUCGAGGAACAAAAAAGGUGGCCGAAAUUGCAAGCUGGCCGGAAUUUGGCACACUUACCCUAAUGCAUUCAAUAAAAUCUAAGUAAUAUAUCGUUUGUUCAUUAAUCUGCGUUUUACGAAAAGGAUAAGUAUUCGAAUUUCGUAUUCCAAAUGGUACAAAGUAGGGUGUCAAUAAGUCCUGACACGAGCUCUUAAAAAAGUGUCAAUAGAUGUUCCUUUCACUCUAUUUUUUAAACAAUUUUUUUAAACAAAUUGUAGAUACUCCUAAGAGGAAUUAAAUUCUAUGUACUUGUACUGUUGCAAAAAUUUCAUAUGAUAUUUUUAACAAAAUUACAGUUUAAAAAUUUUAUAAUUUGUUUAUUGUCAGUAAAAAAAUAGCACCUCUUUAUUGGCUCGUAAUUUAAAUAAUAGAUUUUAAAGCUUGAAUUUUAUUCUUUUUCCAGUGUACUUUUUCCAUGAAAAGCUUUCUUUUUAAUUGCUCUGGAAUUGAAUAUUAAACUAUUAUUCAAAUAUGUCGUAAUUUCAUUUCCAUUAUCGAGAUAAUUAAAUGCCCAAUUAUACUGAUUAUCACAAUUAUUCACACUCAUGUGCACAUUGUUUUUCGCGCGCAACAGUCCAGUGCAUUUCUCAGAUUGGCCACUAGAUGUCACAGUACUCUGACACUUUUGCUGUGACUUUCUGACACGCACACCACUUCGCGGUGACUCUUUUGUGUGCCUGUGUGCGUGGAGUGUGAUGUCGAGAACUUUAGCUCCUAAACAGCCAGCAGCAGAGAAAUAAAAGUGAAGAAGAAAUCGGUUUUUCUCAGUUGAAAAAAUACAAUAAUAUUGUUUAUUUGGUACGCGACCAAAGCGAUACCGUGUGGCCAUUUAAUCAGUGUGUCGUAAUUGUGUGCAAAAUCAACGAAAAGACCAAAUGGAGAAGCGGAUAGAUUUGGAAAAGCGAGGAAGGCCGGCGUCGCAGAUCACCGAGCUUAAUUUGGACAACUGCAGAAGUACAAAUAUUGUCGGCCUCAAUGAGGAAUUUGUGAAUUUGAAGCAGCUCAGUCUCAUAAAUGUUGGUCUCACCAGCCUCAAAGGAUUCCCCAAAUUACCAAAUCUCAAAAAAUUGGAACUCUCCGACAACAGAAUUUCAAAUGGCUUGAACUUCCUAGAAGUCUCUCCCAAUAUUACACACUUGAACCUAUCUGGAAACAGACUAAAUGAUUUGGAUGCCUUGAAGCCUCUUGAGAAUUUCAAACAUUUAGAAGUGCUGGAUUUGUUCAACAAUGAGGUGACCGUUAAAGAAAACUACCGCGAAAAGACGUUCCAAAUGCUUCCGUCACUGAAAUACCUCGAUGGAUUCGACUCCAAAGAUAUGGAAGCACCGUCUGAUGCCGAUGAUGAUGAAGAAGUCAAUGGAUAUGCUAAUGCAGAAAAUUAUGAAGAUCAAGAUGCAUUCAGCAUUGGGGGUCUGGAAAUAGAUUUGAAGGAGUUGGCGCUCUUCGAGAAGCACCUCGAAGAGAAGCGUGCCAAAGAGCCUAGCAGAAAUAGAACUAAUGAUACCAAUGUGCCAGAUGAUUUAGAUGAAUAUUUAGAAAAAUUGAAGAUUGAUGAGAGUCAACGAAAAGAAACCUCCAUUGUUGCACAGAGAGAUGAGAGAAGGGUUUCAUUUCUCUCGGUAUUCUUUAUCCUGUUGUCCAUUCUGUCUCUCGGAAAUUUAGUAUUUCGAUCUGGUGAGAGUGGUGAAGAGGAUGAGGAUGAUGACGAGGAUGAUGAUGAUGAAGAUGAUGAGGAAAAUGCUGACGAUGAUGAGGACAAUGGGGAUGUGUCUCUGUCUGAAGUGUACAAUGAUGACAUUGAGGAAGAUAAUUCAGAUUGGAAUGAGGAGAAUGAAGAGGGUGGCGAGGAAGGGGACGAUGACAUUGACUCCGAUGAAGACGCCGAGGAAGGUGCUCAGCAACCCAAAGAUGGCGAAGAUGGAGCAGCAGCACCAGCUGCCGCAGAAGAAGAAUCACCUGCCAGAGGCAAAAAGCGGAAGCACGAUGGCUAAAGGAUUAACUUUGCAGCAGAUUGCAUCACACCCCACAUUGUAGCAUUUUAAUUUUUUUCUUUGUACAAUUUUUUUUGAGUUUAUAGCAUUAAGGAACAUUUAAGUGAGAACGAAAGAGAGCUCAUGAGAGCGCAUGAAAGCAGGAAAAAGGUAAGCAAACGGUUUGAAAUUAUAUAAUAGAAAUGGUUUUCUUUUUUAAAUAAAAAAUUAAAAUGAUAAAAAAAGAAAUAAAUUGAGCCAGAGAUUAAUUGAAAUCAAUUAAAUAGACUUUAAAAGAAAAGAAAAAAAAAGAAUUGGUAGAUUUAGAGAGUGAUAAGUGAUAAAAAGGGAAUAAUGAAAUAGGCGCAAAAAUAGUGCAACCAAUAUUCUAUUUUAAUUCAUUUCACAUAAUGCGAUGAGGGACAGUUUAAGUGACAUAGUGGGAUUGAUCAUAUCGUAAAGGAAGUAGAAAAUAUGCCAUCGGUAGAGUCCAAAAAACAAAUGAUACUUUCUGAGACCAACAUUCAAGAGAAAGAAGUUACUCUCAAAUGUUUUUUUUUCUAUCAAUUCUUUGUUUUUAUUUUAGUUUGUCUUUGGCAAAAGCUUUUUAAAGAGUAGGUCCUUAUCUUCCAGUUCUGAUAAAUUUACAUUUCUAUAACAGAUUAAUUUGUUUAUAAGGAAUACGAAUGGAGGAAUGCAAAAAAUUGUGGACUAUUAAAGAAGUGUUUUGUACCUUUUCUUGGAAGUUUUAAAUAUAUGUGUCUAGUAGCAGAUAAUUUUCAUUCUCAACCCUUUUCACAAUCACACUAUUUUUCUCUUAAAUAAAAAAAAAUGAAUGCAAAAGAUUUGCAGUAGCUUAGAGUGAGAAGAUUGUAAUGAGGAUUAAUAGAAAAAAAAUACUUUAAGGUUUCAUUUGUUGUAAAUAGCACACAAAUAACACUGGUAAAUGCAUUUGAUAAAUUAAUUGGAUUUUUUUCGCAUUAAAAUUUCAUGGGAAUUCUCGUGGAAAAUAGUUUAUCCAAAAUAUAUUAAACUUUGGGAUUAAUUCUCUCAUUUUUGGUAAAAAAGGUUGUUUGAAAAUUUCAGGUUAUAUUUCACCUAACCUCAAAACAGAAGGUCGUCGAUCGAACGAUCUUUAUUUUAGAACAUCAGUCAAGAAUCAAGAAGUAUUCAAAAUAUCUACUCUGAAAAAAGUUUUGUUAAAUUUACAAGUUUGUCAAAAGGAUGUUCUUCCACAAAAAGUAUAAGAAAAGUUUUGUUAAAUCUGUAAACAACAUCCUUUUAACAAAAUUUUUACAAGAUCUAUUUAUCCGCUUAACAAAACUUUUUUUCACAGUACAAUCCAUAAGUUUUUUAGGUUAAAAUUUGAUUUAUUUAAGAUUUACAGUAUAUUCUGUCUUGAAUAUUUGAGGUUAGGCAUGACAUAACCUAAAAAUUUUAAAUUAACCAAUUUACCAAAAAAAAAGUAAUAAAAUCGCUUAUUAUACAAAUAUAGGAGAAACCUUUGCAGCUUCGUACAGAAGAUAAAGUUCAAGUUUCAUGAUUUUUUAUCGAAGGUCACACAAGCCGAACCAAUUAUACUACUAUGUCAAAAGAAAAUCUUUUAUUGUGUUUGUAAUUACAGCUCACAAAAUUCCUGGAAAUUCUUGGAUUUUCCUCUACAGGAAAAUGAAAAAUUAGUGACAAUUUUUACAAAGCAGUCCCGGUUUGCUCAGCUCCGUGCAAAAUUUGGUCACUAUAUACGCCUUAUUUUUACUGUAGUAAACGCUGAACCCGGAUACAAAAAUUUUCACAUCAUUGUUUAUACAGAACAUUUAUCUAGGGUGACAUCUUGCAGUUUCGUACUGGAAAAGGAGUCCAAGAUUUAAGAUUUUUUACUGAAUGCCACCACACACCGAAUCAAUUAUAUCACUAUAUCAAAAAAAAAUCUCUUAUUGGGUUCAUAAUUCCGCCUCACAAAAUUCCUGGAAAUCCUUGGAUUUUCCUCUACAGAAAAAUGAAAAUGUAGCGGUAUUGUUACGAAUGUGCCCUGUAGGGGAAUUUUGUAAUUUUCGUGGCAUUGUCACGCGUGAGUUCGAAACCUGAUAAUGCCAUUCGAGGCAUUCGAGUUUUUUUUUGUCAUAUCAUAUGAGUUCGAAAAUGUAAUUCAUUGAAUUUUUAAUGAAAUCCCUUUACUUGAUGAUUUUAUGAAAAUACAGUACGUCUUGGUUGGUUUAACAAAAUUAAUUGUCAUUUGAAUUGCCAGAAAUCUCAAAUAUGUGACUUCUGACAAUGCCACGUGACAUCUUAACACAUGUUUUUUGACACUCGGAAAACCAUUUUUUCCCUGCAUUCUGGCCAUUCUGACAGUCAGUUAAGAGCUUGGUUAGGUAUGAUUCUCUCAUAAUCACACCUAAUGUAAUCCUCGGAUUUUCUCUAACUAUAAAUUUAAAGUAAAAUGUGAAAAAUUCCGCUUAAAAACAAAGCAAAUUGGAUAAAAAAUUCUGAAAAUGCACCGCAUGGGCAAUGAAAUAAUCACGCCUACCAUAAGCAGAAUCAGACUUAAUGUUUAAUUUGACAGAAGUAAAAUAAAAACAUCUCAUGAAGUCUCAUUUUGAUGGGGAAGUACGUGUUUUCCUUCGAUAUUUUAGUGAAAACUGUUUAAUAUCCCAAUUUUCUUGUGAAUUUAUUCAGUGGAAUCUCUGAUGAGUCAAAUAUCCCGAGCGGCGUGCACAGUGUGACCCAAAACAGUGAGGAAUUCUCAAAUGCGGUGGUCAGUAAUUUUGACAGAUGUUUUUACGAAGCUGCAAAAUUCAAUUUUCCUGAGCUGCAAGGGUGGUAAUUUUUAUGAUUUUUCCUCCACCCACAAAAACGACCCCCUUCAAGCAAAAGAUUUUCACGGUAAAUAUUAACCCUAAUAAACCCUCUAUAACUUGGAAUAGUUGCUUUUUCGAAAAGACACUCGCAGUGUGGAAAAAUGCAUAAAAUAUUACACAUUAGAAUUACGAUUUUAGGCCCAUUUUUUAUUUUUGCCUUUUGUACCCAGGAAAAAAGGCCUAAGCUUCCAAGUUUGUCAGGAAAUGUGAGAUGUAGGACUAGCUUUUAGAUUGUAUGUCCAUGGAUGAAAUUCAUUUAGUAACUUGGAAAUAAAUCAACUUUUACGAAGCUGCAACAUUACGAAGCUGAAAAACCUUCCAAUACUUGCUUUAACCGUUUGAAGGAGGUAUCAUGUGUUUUGAUAUCAAUUUUAUGCAAUUUUUCUAACGCAUGUUUUUUUGUGAUACUUGGAAAACCAUUCUGUGACAGUCAGUUAGGUGUGAUUCUCUCACAAUCACACCUUUUGUAAUCCUCUGAUUUUCUCUAAUGCCCUAGACACACUUACGACUUAAGCCAAAAGACGGCUUAACGUAAUUACAAUCAAAAUAAUGUUCAGAAUAUAUUUCCAUCAUUUUCUGACUAAUCCGUCUCUCGGUUUGAGCCUAGGAACGGUUUAGUUAGUGGGAAACUGAUGAGAAUUUAGUCAUAUUAUUAUUUCGAUUAUAAUUACGUUAGGCCGUCUCUCGUCUUAAGUCGUAAGUUUAUCUAGGUCAUAACGCGCCCAAUCAGUCUUAAGGCCUCUACACAUUGGGAGCAAUUUUCAUCAAAAAUUGCAUUUUUGACAGAAUUUUGACGUUUCUGCCUACAGCACUGCAGCCAAUUUCCUUCAAAAAAGCAAUUUUUGACAAAAAUUGUUCUGAAUGUGUAGACACAUUUACAGAACGUGUUUUGAACACUGAUUUCGAUUUGGAUAAAGGGGUAGGCUUUCAGUUUUUACAAGAAAUGUUAGGUGUUACGCAAGCUAUUAGAAUAUGGCCAUGUAUUAGCUUCAUUUAGUACACUAGAAAAACAAUCUACUUUAUGAAGCUAGAACAUUACGAAGCUGCAAAGGUUUCCCUAUUGAAUUUAGAUUAAAAAAAAACUUUCAUUUUCGCUUAAAAAUAAAUAUGCGAAUAUGAAAUUAUUUACUGGAAAAAAAACCUUAAGUUUAAAAUUCUCCAGAACCAUAUAAAAACAUCUUUCUUCACAAAACACACAAAAUGACACCUUUCUAAAAUUAAAAAAAAAAAUAGAAUUAGAGUUGGAAAAAAGAUUGAGCAAAAGGAGAUUAUUGAUAAAAUAAUUAUUGAAAAAAAAGUGAAUAAGAAAAAUUUCUUGUUGCAAUGAAAUGAGAAGGAUUUAAAUAUAUUUUCGAUAUA